AUGGCCAGAAACACAUCUUUCCUUCCCUCAGCCAAAGCGUACGACUGGAGCCCUGGCCUUCCUGCACCCUACACAUGCAGUAUUCCAUCUCCGAGACUUUUGACGACGGAGAAGCCACUUUCUACCCACGAGAGUGAUGGUCCUAAAGCAGCUGUGGAAGCGCACACACUGGCGUCCGCGAACGAGCAAGUAGCACAUGACGUUCACUUCGCGUGGAGAUCAAGGGACAACCGCAAGGGCCGUCAUCUCCUGCAAUACAAGCCAGCCGUCGAGGUGGACUCUACCUCGCCGCUAUACAUUGUACCAAAGAAGACGGCAAGUGUCACCGCGACGUUGAAGGGGAUCAAGUGCAUGUUAACCUGCUUCCGCUAUUGGGACAUCUCGUAUCUCGUGGCGAUCACUUUCUUCAUCGCCUCAGCAACCUGGAUCCUGAAUUCAUUCUGCCUGUGGCUUCCGCUUGAGGUUCCCCAGAGCACAUUCCCUAAAGAGCUCCUCGUUGGCGGUGGAGUUUCUGCCUUCGUGGGCGCAACUCUGUUCCAGCUUGGCUCGGUCCUUCUGAUGAUCGAAGCCUUCAACGCCGAAAGGGUCGGGUGUUUCGGAUGGCAGAUCGAGAAACUUGUCUCCAAACAGAGCGGGCGAGAUAUGGUCCGCAUAUCUCCCAACCUACAGCACUGUGUCCACCACCACAAUGAUAAAUCAGGAAUUGGGAAAGGCAGCGGCGACGGGCAAGAAUGGCAGUGGAUUCCCAGCUGGCACACAAUACGGUCCCAUUGCCUGAAGGAGAUCGGCUUCCUUGCGAGCUUCGCGAUGUUCUGUGGCACCACCAUUUUCUGGAUCAGCGGCUUUGUUGCACUGCCGGGAGUCAUCAACCACAUGAGCCAGAGUACCCUGAACGGAGUAUACUGGGUUCCGCAGAUCAUCGGCUCAAUAGGCUUUACCAUCAGUGGUUUCUUGUACAUGCUCGAGACACAGCCGAAUUGGUACACCUCCUCUCCACACGUCCUGGGAUGGCACGUCGGGCUUUGGAAUGGAAGAGGCGGAAUCGGUUUUGUCUUGUGCGGCGCCCUCGGCCCAGCUUCCGGCAAUGCCGGUGCGCAGUACCAGUCUGCACUGGCCAAUUUCUGGGGUGGCUGGGCGUUCUCGGUUGGAAGUACAUUGCAGUGGUAUGAGAGUUUGGACAAGCAUCCCGUGGAGGAGCAGUAA